GGUAACGUUUAAGUCUAGCGGGCCGAAAUUUUUCUUUAUUAAAUUUUCAGUGACGCCCGGGCUUCAGGGUUAGACAAAAGUUUUUUUUCGGUCGAUUUUUUCAGUUUAAUGAGCUGAUUCAGGACCAUUAAUCCUGCAAGAAGCUUUUUGGGGCAAUUUCAGUUUUCAGGAUAGAUUGACACUUUUAUUGUUUAAUUUUUCGGACUUUCAACCACCUGUUUGUCGAAAAAUUAAAUUUUUACAACUUUUUCAGUGACCACCUGUAAACUCCCAGGAACUUUACUGAAAAUAAGUUGUUCUGUCGUGUCACGCAACACCUGAUGUUCAUUGCAGUGCCUGCAAUUGGCCCUUUAAAUCCAUGAGGUUUAGGCCCAAAGAAACUUGGGUUUUAGCACACGUCAUGUUUAUGUAAUUGUUUUCCACGUUUAAAUAAAUGAAUUUGUUUGGGGGUUUUUAUCUUCUGUUCUUUUGUUCAAACCCGGAGUUUUAAUUACCGGAAAAAGACAGCGAUUGCAGUGGUCAAACAUUCGAUACUCUACAAAACAAAAUCCAACAGGUGUUUGUCGGCCCUUUAUCAGUGCAUGCUCAUAAAUCCGGACUGCUGAUGAAGAGGUUCGACGAUAAAAAAUGUUAGCUUGUGUUUGUCAACCGGCCGAUCCGGGGAUUUUCCGGCGGUCUCCGGUACCAUUAGGCGCGCCGCCGUUAAAAAUAAGCACAGGGGCUGUUCCCAAGCCCGGAAGAAGUGUCCGAUUAACGGCUCCGGUCAUCACCGAUCCGCCCGGACUCAAAACCAACGCAGAAAUGAGGACGAAACACAACAAAUGUAAAAAGGACGCGAGUGUGACGAGUGAUAAGGAUAAAUGUAGUGAAAACGGUGACUGUGAUAAGGAGAAAAAGAAAUUGAACGAUUUUGAGAAGUUACCGGACGGUGUGCAGUUGACAUUAAGCGAACUGCGCGAGAUGGCCUGCCGCCAGCAGGCGCAGAUCGACUCGCAGCAUCAGCUGUUGGCCGCAAAAGAACAAAGAUUGAGGUACCUGAAGGAGCAGGAGGCGCGCCAGCAGCGAGUGCAAGCCGAGAGCGAGAGACUCCGGAGGCUGAGGGACCGCGUCGACGCCCAAGAACUCAAACUGAGGAAACUCCGGGCCCUCCGAGGACAAGUGGACCACCAAAAGCAAAACAAUAUAUCUCUCACAAGUGACCUUGACUCGAUUCGUGCCCUCUUCAACGAGAAGGAGAAGGAGUUGUCCUUGGCGGUGGCCAAGGUCGAGGAGUUGACCAGACAGUUGGAGGAGUUGCGACGGGGGCGAACGGCCAGGGACCAGCCCCCCGCUUCUGCCCUUGAACUGGACAAGCUGAGGAGGGAGCUUAUGUACCGUAACAAACUAAAUGAGCAACAAAAUCAAAGACUAAACCAACAACGAGAAGCUCUAACAGCUCGGCAAGAGGAAAUGAGCGCUAUCGACAAGCGAAUUUCCGAAUUACAAGAGAGAUUACAUAAGAAACGCUUACUAAAUCAACAACUUGCCAAUCAGAUCAGUGCAGCUUCGCAUAAAGCGGCCUAUCACCAACUAGUUCGAUUGACAGGUGAACAGGCCCGAAAACCGGCCAACCAACCCCCAAAUGGCCUUUCGAGGGGUAACAUCGCCGCCGUGGAGCCCUACAACCACGUCCCUUUGCGCACCGGCCAAAAGGAAACCCCCACAUAUCACCCCGUGUACCAUAUCAAAAAAGACGACUUGCAAACCCCCAAUCAGGAGCCUCAAGACAAAAUGGGCUACGAAAAUGACACUCUUAAGGAGUUUACAGUCUCAAAAUCGGACCCCAAAUAUCAAACUUUGCCAUACAACACGAAAUUUACUGUUAAUUUAUUACCGAAUCGAAUAGUGAGAAACGAAAUAGACAAUACAGAUAGUAAAGAUAACGAACACAUAUCAAAUUUGACACAUAUGACAGUCCAUAGCGCCCCCUUGACUCUAGUUAACAAGAACAUCGCAACCCCACUCAACCAGAAGCGCCAAAUUGAGGGUCCCGUGCCCCCGAAGCCCAUCAGUAGCGUCGCCCCCACGUCGGUCCACCACUCGAGCAUCCCCUCAAACAUCUACCAAACAUCCUCGAUCAAAGUCCAACCAGUGGAGCCCCAAACCCAGGUGCUAUCGCCCCCCCAAGCCACCAGCACUCCUGAGGUGGCCAAGCCGGCAUUGCCGCCAAAACCGCCCCCGCGGCAAACCCUGACUGACCCUGAACCGCCCCCACUCCCCCAAACCGAGCCCCCCGACGACUCCGCCCCCAAACCCAACGAGAUGGCAAUCAAAGCAAAACCACUCACUAUUAAGAAGCAGCAAUUGGGGGAAUUGCCAAAAUUACGAAACAACACGACGAAAGUGGCGAAACGGCCCGAACAAACCCUCCAAUUACCCGAAGAGAGGAGUGAUGAUGAUGAUGAGGUGAAGGAGGACGAAAACGGGGUGGUGCGACGUUGCAAGAAGGGUAAUUUGAAGUCGGGGAAGUCCAAUCUUGCCAGGAGGGUGAGUUUUGACCCUUUGGCCCUCCUCCUGGAUGCGAGUCUUGAAGGGGAGUUGGAGUUGGUGAAGAAGACGGCCACGCAAGUCACCAAUCCCAGUGCUGCCAACGAUGAGGGAAUCACAGCGUUGCAUAACGCCAUCUGUGCGGGGCAUUUCGAAAUUGUUAAGUAUUUAGUGGAGUUUGGGUGUGAUGUCAACGCGCAGGAUAGUGACGGGUGGACGCCGUUGCAUUGCGCCGCGAGUUGCAACAAUGUUGCAAUGGUGAAGUUUCUGGUCGAGCAUGGGGCUUGCAUCUUUGCAACCACGUUGAGCGACCAUGAAACAGCCGCGGAGAAGUGCGAGGAGGACGAGGAGGGGUUCGACGGCUGCUCGGAGUAUUUAUACAGUGUGCAAGAGAAACUGGGGAUUUUGUCAGGAGGGGUGGUGUAUGCAGUGUUCGACUAUACGGCGCAGCAAGCCGAUGAGUUGAGUUUCAAAGCCGGACAACAAUUGACCGUUUUGAGGAAAGGGGAUGAGAAUGAGAGGGAAUGGUGGUGGUCGAAACUAGGUGAUAAGGAGGGAUAUGUUCCUAGAAAUCUUCUUGGGCUUUAUCCAAGGGUGAAUCGAAGUGAAGAAUAGUAUUAUACAUUUUUGUAUGAUGGAUAUUUAAGUACCUUUGCCUUUUGCUAAACUAUGUAUAUUAUUAUAUAAAAAAUGGGAAUAAAAAGGACAAGUUUAAUACCUUUGCUCAAUAUAAUUUGUAUAUUGUGACAGUUUCAAGGUUUUUCUGUUUGUUAAGUUUGUUUGUAACAAGUUUAUUCGAUUAGGUAUUAUUGUUUUUAUUGCUUUGAAGUAAUAAGCGUUUUAAUAUAUUUUUGACAUAUGUAAAUAUAUAAAUAUGAAAAAUAAUUAUUUACAAUAAAAAUAUUGACUAUAA